AUGCCAAAGAGCAGGUGCCCAAACCUCAACACAGAGAGCGCCGGCGCCUGGUUUGCACAUGUUGGACAAUGCCAGGGCCAGCUGGAGUCCACCACGCACUCCGCGCAGAGGCAGGGCCAGGACCUGCAGGCGGCACGGAGCGCGGAGGAUCGGCUGCCAGCCGCGUUCCGGGCAAGGGAACAGAGUGCAGUGAACAACAACUUCCCAUUUUCUUCUCAUGACAACAGACACUGUCUACAGAAUGUAGGAGAGUAUUUUGAUUUGGGUUUGGGCCGAAGGAAGGUGGAACCACACAGAAGGCAGCAGAACUCACAGAACUUCUUCCAGUGGGCUUCAGAACCGGUUAGAAGGAGCGAAGAUGGCUUAACCAUUUAUCAGACAUCGUUUGUGAAAGACAAGAGCCAGAUCUCUAGGCAGUACCCAAAGCACUUCUCAGAAAAAUCCUGCACUGACAAACCUGUUCCUCAGAAUGAAAACAACAUGCAGCCAAAUAAAUCAUCUUAA